AUGACUUAUGACCAGCGCACUCAGCCCAACACUGGUCACCACUCUCAAUAUGGAGGUGACGUGGUGGGAGCUCCGUACAUUCCAGCAACCUCUGUACCCUACAACAUGGUCCAGCAGGUGGUCCAACCGGUUCACCGCCCUCAUGAUGCUGUGAACAACGUUGAGCGCCCACCUGAGGCUACGGCUACCCAUGGUGACGAGAAUAGAGCGCCCGCAUCUACCGACACGUAUCACGUCAAAGCUCCAGAGCAGGAACAUCAGACAGGCAGCACCAUGGUGGCAGCCACGUCGUCGAAGAACAAACGUAAACGCAACGCGCUGCAGCCUAUUUCGAUUGACACCGCAAACAUGGCCAUCGACGAAAUCAUUGUCAUCGAUUCCCCGCAAUCCACGCCGGCGCCAAUGCAGAAGAAGAGGAAGCCAAACUCGAAAGCGAAGGCGAAGAAGAUGGUCAAGCGCGAGCAGAACGGCGACAGUAGUGAUUCGGAUUACGACAGUGAUGACUUCGACAUGUCGAAAGCAUCGGUCGGCGCAUCAGGCAAGCGCUGGUCCACUCCAGAGACCAAACAGCUUCUCGGGGCGGUCAUUGGGCCGGAUGCACUUUACUGGGAGACAUAUAAGAAGGGUGCCAAGCGCGCAUUCUCAAAGAUUUCGAAACGCAUCUUUCCAGACACUCGGAACCCUGCCUCGGUCAAGGCGCGAUUUGAGAGGCUGGUCAAGAUAUAUCGGCAGAUCAAACGGUUCGAGGAAUGGACUGGCAAUGGUAACGGCGACCCCGACACAAAAGUAUCGCUUGAAGAUCGACUCAAUAAAGCCAUAAAGUCGGGCAAGGUCGAAGGGAUUGCCACCCUUACCUCAGCUACUAUCACCGAAUUCAAGAUUAAGGGUUACUAUGAGAUUUUCGAUCAGCGGUUUGGUACCAAUCCCAACACUAAGCGGACUGGUGUUUAUCAUUCCGGCACUCUCUCCGACUUGGAAGGGUAUGAGCUGGACGAUGACAGUGUCCAAGACGACGACGACGACGAUACACUUUCAAGCGACGACGGUAACACUCCCAAGACCGUGCCAGAUGCUAAAGGACCUCGCACCCCAGCCCCGCUAUCUCGGAGCUCGUCAGCUUCGUCCAACCAGUCUCAGACCCAACGGGCGAAGCAAUACAAGCCAGGCGUUCCGGAAACUCCCCAUAGCAGUAAGAAGGCGGGCAAGUCAACCAUUGAUCCUAACGUUGCCGAAUACCUCAGCCGCACUGCAGCCCUAACGGAGUCGGCGUUGGAAGACAGCAAAGAGCGACUCGAAAUCUACAAACGCAAAGCUGCCUUGGAAGAAGAAGAGAAGCGGAUGAGCCUCUUACGGGCUAUCAUCAAAGAUCCCGAGAUGCCUGAAGCUACCCGCGCGAUUGCUCAGGAAGGUCUUCACAAAUUACUUCUUAAUUCCGUGUCAGGUGUCAUUAACGUCUAG